UAAUCGUGAUUUAUAUAGAGACAGUGGGUUCCACACUUAAUUUGAUUAAGUUGAGUUAAUGUUGCCACUUGUACAAUUUCUUAGUGCUUGCGUAUCAAGCGUCGUAAGCUGCCUGAGUAUCAUAUAACUCCCCAUCGCUGUCGUGCAUCUUCUCCAGCGCGAAGGGUUCUUCACCUCUUUCAUUUCCCGCCCAACAAGCUCAUUUCAAACUCGAGAGGAAGAAAGCCAAGGAAACCAAAAACCCCAAACAGUAAGGUCCGUCCGACGCGAUGGAUAGUAACAUGAAGCAAGCAGGUUCUUCCCUCGAUUCCCUCAUCUCUUCCUUCAAUACUCGCAUCGUCGAGCUCCAGGAACUCGUCAUUGCUCGCAAUAUGUAUCCAGCUACCAGCAUCGCCGAUCUGUCCGCUGUAGAUACGGCUGUGAAGACAAUGGAAUAUCAGAUGCAGGCGAUCAAGGACCGAUUGCGAGAGGAGAUAGAAGCCAUCCCCAAGGCCAAGAAACUCAUUGAGCAGUCGCUGCAUCAGCAAAGGAAAUUGCAGCACAUGCUUGCUCAUAUGCCAUCACACUUGCAUGAAACCACCAGCAUAUUGAACCAGAACCCCAAUUGUUUGAUGCAGGAAACAUCCAACUACGAUCUCCCUUCUAUGCCUGUGAAAGUCCAGGAGGAGCCAGCAGCAUUGCCAAAGGAGAAAAAGGGCCGUGCAUCAGCACCUCGCUGGUUUAUCACUGCAGAGGAGCUCGACUCUCUGUCAUCCUAUAUGAGGGGGAGGCUCACACUGGACAAGGUGAAUGCUGCUGUCAAUGACAUGGCAACAUAUGCAGAUGCUAAUGCCCAGCUUAUUGCAGCCCCCAAAAAGAAGUUGGCAGAAGAUACUUGGGAAAGGGCUCUAGAACUAAGAGAUAUUGCAAUGACAGAAGCUGUAAAAGGAAAACAUUUUUUCCUUGAAACUGAUAUGAAAGGUCCAGGACUGAAGCUUGACAACACUGGAAAAGCAAUUCUGACCGUCCUUCGACAUCUUGGUCGUGUCCAUGAAACUCGAAUUGGGCAUCAUCGUGUGAUCACCCUCUCUAAGCCACACUGAUCGGUCAUUGUGUAUAUGUGAAUCGACCAGAAACAUUCAUCAAACCUACCCCUCUCCACAUGCAGUUUACACGCAGCAGCCAACCUGGGACAUCUAACUGUAGGCUAAGGUGAGUCCCAACGUGAAGAUGGUCAUGCAUACAAAUCACGCUGGUCCUGAUAAGGUGGGCCAGAUGUGCAAGUCAUGCAUAGGCUGUUGUAAAGCUUUUUGACUUUUUUCCUUUUGAAGUCCUUCAUUUCUUUUGUAUCAGGGUAGCCACGUGAAUGUGUACACUAGCCUGAUUGUUUCACCUGAUGUGUUGCUCUGAUGAUUUAGACAUGCCCUGUUUGCACUAAUGGAGGGAGCAAACCUCAUGUUCUCAGAACUAUGUUCUUACCUAAUUGCUCGUGUUUUCUUU